CCGAAUUCCAAAAUGGCGGCGCACGGGUCCAAAUCUCGCAGUUGGGAAGAUAUUUCCGCUGACACCAUCCGGUCUGUCGUGCCUCCGCCACAAACAAGGGUGGACGAGACAGAAGAUAAAGAUUCUUCCGCGUUUCAGAUACACCUGCAGUCAGUGGACGGCGUUUAUCGGCCGGAUGUGGGUGAGUCCAGUGCCCAGCUGCAGUAUCAGUUGCGAGUCAGUCUGUAUGACAUCAUGUACCACACGUUCUUCGGACGUACCUGGGUCGGAUCAGCCAGGGCGGCAAAAGUCGACAAGGCAAAACAGAAAUACAAACUGCAAUAUCAGCAGCCCAUAUAUUUCCACACGUCGCUGAAGGACCCUAACAUUGCAGCAGUGGUAGAAGUUGUUGGUAUCCUGGAGCCCGGCCCUGGCAGUAGCCAGCCCAGGAGGCAGAUGUCUUGUGGCUGGUCUUUACUCCGACUGUUCCAGAAGUCUCAGAAACUGAAGGACACUAGUGAAGGAACGGCAGAUGUUAGAAAACUAGACGUGUACCACGGGUCACCACGGGCUCUCAUGCUCAUGGACGAUGCCAUUGAAACUAAUGAGAACAUCCAGCUAGUAAAAGGGUGUCAGAUAGCGUUCAGCCUGUCUACACACCAGGCCAUGGAGAAGAUCCUACACCUGGUGCCAGAGAACGUGCUAGUGGGAGGGAACGAUGUCAUCCCAGGGAUACAGGAGCAGAGAAGCAAGGGCAAGGAAAAUGCGGACAAUCUUCUCAAGCCCAAACUUCUCAAGACAUUGCAGAGUCACCUGGACAACAUCUCCAUCACCCCCGAGCCUUCCCUCGCCAAGUUUGAGGAAGAUUUAUGCAAAAAAACCAACGAUGACCGACUACAAAGGGACAACAUCGGCCCAAGUGACGGUUCAACAGUCAAUGUUGUGGAGAGGAGAUUACAGAUUGGUCUCCACAAUGGCUGGGGUUACGUACAGAAGCCUCAGGUGGUGAUUCUGGCACCAGAAGUGGAGACCCAGGGCAGGGCACGGUCUGGCAGUAUCGGCAAGGGGCACAGGAGAACUCCCUCUUUUGGGUCAAAGUCGUCGCUUGGCAACAGCAGCUGCCUGGUGGCUCGUAGUCAGGUGCAGCUGUCAGACCUGGCCCAGGAUGCAUCAUUCGCCGUCGUGUUCCAAGUGGAGUACACGCUGUCUGUGCCGUUCGCCAUGUCCGGGGCAAAGUUGUCAGGCAGCAUGUCCAGAGCCCAGACCAUCACAGUUCCUGUCCUGUGGGUGUCCUGGUGUCCGUUCACGGCGUCAGGACGGCCCGAGGUUACCGUGGCGAUGGGAUGUGGGUCUGCGCCCAACCCAGACAACGUGAUGAUGUUCUGUCAGAAGUCUGGGGCAGAACAACAGAACGCCGGGUCACUCAAGUUCACCUUCAGGAGAGACGACGAGCCACCAAGAUCAAUGGAUGCACAGGACCAGAUUCCAAACCAAAUGUUACAGAUCCCAGGCCAGCCGUACGCGGCGUCGGUUCACUCGGAAACGUCUGACGGCAGCUUCAUGCAGGAGAGACCGACCACGGUGUCCAGCCGACCUCCGCUGCCCAGCAGUGCCAAGUCCAGUCCCAGGACUGAACACAGACUUCCAGCCUACAGCACCCCCCUGCCUGGCAGUCUCCCCCCUCCCCUGUCUUACCCCACCAUUUCCCUCCCGUACCCCCAGUCCCACACGACCCCCCCUCACAUGCUGGGGGACACCACCAUGGACACAUCAGAUGGGCAGCCUGAUACAGCUCGAACAGAGGACAUGACAGAGCUGACAGAACUACCCUACACACCUGUACAUGCUCCAAUACUGUUGUCAGCCAGGGGAACACAAAGUGGCCAGGGCCUGUCCCGAGCGGCCUAUGCCCGACUCUACACGGCCGGCUUCCCACCAAUCACGGACAGGCAUGGGCAGUCUCCUGAGGUCGUUGACCCCGGUGAUCAUGUGACUGUGAACCUGAAACAAGAGGAGGCAGACCCCCUGCAGAGCAAUGAGAUCAUCUUCCAGUUCCUUGCCUUCUCAAAGAUGCUCUCAGCCCAACCCAGUGGUUCUGCGACCUCCCAGCCCAGCACUGUGUUUUUCACUCUCCAGUUCUACAGGUUUCCUCCACUCAUUACAGAAAGACUCCUGUUGGGUGCCGCAGACAAGCAGCUGACCUCUGACCCCGGCUCCAUGCCUUGUAUCCUGUACAGAAUCAACAAAGACGGAACAGUGGUACAGAGUCCCCCCGGCUGUCAGACUAAGUACCACAUAGAUCCUUCCUUCUUGAAGCCUGGAGAAGCCAGACUAUUUGUCCAGUUCCUCUCAGUACAGACUCUGCACAUAGAUGUCUGGGACGGAGACUCUCUACUACUCAUAGGGUCAUGUGCCAUGGACCUUAAGCACCUGUGCAGACAAGGUCGUGAAGCUGUCCAGGUGACUCAUGAGCUUGAUGUCAUCACAACAGAGUACUCUGAGGACACACCGACUCUGACAGGGGACCUGACCAGAGGAGGCAGCGUGCGUCCAGUAGGAGUGAGCACCCUCCUGAAGGGACGGCUGCACCUGCGCAUGGCUAAUGUGGGGCACCUGCAGGACAAGGCUAGGGGAGAUGGCACAGUGACUGUUCCAAAACCUCCAUCCAGAGUGGUUCCCUCUGCGUCCUCUCACAUAGGGCCAGCUGCCACAAAUACAAGUAAUGGUAGUCCACUUAUGAAACAGAAGACCAGUUGUGCUAAGAGACUGGCAGAGACAGACAAUGAACUUGCACUGGUCCUCACUGCAAGAAAGGAUCCAAACAUCACCCAGCUAGCAAGUUUGGACACUGGAGGAGAGUUGGACUCAGUAAGGAAGAGAAAGUUGGCUCGUAUGCAGGCUGUCAGACAGACCCAGGGUUGUGAGAAGGACCUCAACACUGUCAACACUGUACUGCUCCAGAAAGAAGAGAAAGCACAGAGGAACAGGGACCUGAGAACAGUAGAACUGUACAGAGAACAGACAAAACAUGAUGGCAUCACCAGCAUGUUGUCACAGGUCAUUACUACUCACUACACAGUCUUCCCCAGUCUGGGCACAGCCGAGUUCUUUGAGUUUGUACUGAAGAACCCGUAUAACGUGGAGCAUACCAUCACUGUGGACAGUGACUCUCCACAACUCAGCAUUGUCACUGAUGUGAGAGAGUGGAGGCAGUUUAAGCAGGCCCACGACCUGAACACCCCCCUGGAGGAGAGCAUGUUUGGUACGACCUCGGUGUCCGGCCUUCCCGCCAUUUUCCUCCGACCGCGGGAGUCUGUCUACGUGCCCUUCAAGUACCAGAGUCUGCAGACUGACCACACCGUCCAACCUCAGGGUCCGUCUGACACCAUGAUACCAAGUCAGACGACACAGCUGAUGACAGGCUUCCGUCCCACCAUGCACCACUCACGGAACAUCAAGGUGUACUUCCGUGCUGCUGACCACCGUCCCGUGUCCAUCCUGACGGUCAACGUCAGCCCCCAGCCUCACGUGGUGGACCAGACCUUCCGCUUCUACCACCCUGAACAGUCCUUCUUAAAGAAAGCAAUCAGACUCCCACCAUACCACCAGCUACAAGGAGCAGUUGUCACAGCCGGUGGGUUCACCAGUGUCUCAGCCUGCUGCAGCGACCCCAACGUCAUCUGUGAGACCAGGAAGGUCAAGGCGGGCGAGCCACAAGACGUCUUCCUUAAAGUAGCCUGUGGCCCGUCUCCUUCUGUCAAGAAGUUCUUUGUCAUCAUUUACACGGACCCUCACCAGUCGAAGCCGUGUCAGAUCUGGCAGUUCUACCUCCACGCCCUACAGAGGGUUGAUAUCAGCUGUGUGGAGGGGCAGACCAGCCGCUUCUCUCUCAUUCUGAGGGGGACGAACGCCUCUCGUCUGGUCAGGGUCUUCCCCUCACACCCUACAGAGAUACAGGUUUCCCCAGACACACCCUUCAUGCUGGCAGCCAAUGCAGUCCACGAGGUGAACGUUGGUGUAAGACCUCUGUCUGUGGGCAGCAAGUUCCUGUACAUUAAUGUAGUGGACACGGAGUACCACCAACUCAUCCGCACAUGGCUCAUCUGUGUGCAGACUAAAGAGGCUGUCAUCUCCAAGGCAUUUGAUCUGCAGCUGCCAAUAGGAGGAGGUAAAGGCUGCAACAAAAGGAUCCCCUACACAAACCCCUACAUGCACAGGAAAACCUUCAUCCUACACACCAACAGACAGGACCUGCUGCAGUUCAAGGAAAACACAUUCGAGCUGGGUUCAGGGGAUGUGUACACCAUCGGGAUGAGGUUUGCUCCCAGUCAGCAGCAGGGCACAACAAACAUCCUCAUCUUCAUCAAUGACGAGGAUGAUAAAAAUGAAGAGACAUUUUGCAUCAAAGCAAACUACAGCUAAUACCUGAUAUUACCUAAUAGUACUAGUAUACUCUGAACCCCCCUCAUGCUAAGUCCUCAGCAAUACAAAUUCAGUAUAUAGAGUAGAUUCAACUUCAGCAGUGAAAUGGUUAAUACACAGUAAUUUAUUAUUACAAUCAUUUCUGAUAAUGUUUAUUUAUAUAUUUACUGUUAUCUUUUAAGUAGUAAAGAUGUAACUCUGUUUUGUACAUUGCUUUUUCCUGUAUUGUAAAUAAAAGGUUUACUUGUUAAAGUCUAUUCAUGUUGUGUUGUUUGUAAAAUAUUGACAUUGUGUAUGUAUGAAAGUCUUUGAUUAAAUUUUGAUUUCCUGCCAAUUCUUCCUUCCAAAGCGUCUUAUGCAUGUACAUGUAUUGUUCUAGUCUGAGCGUUUUAUGCUCACAUAAUGUACAUUUUUCUAUAAUCAUAAUAGAUAUAUGUUGAAGUAAAAGGGCUAAAGUUUCUGCCUUUAAGUUGCCACUAAUGUAAUAUGUAUAAUGUGUGAAAAUUAUAACAAAUGUUUAAUCUCAGUACAGCUCAAAAGAUACUAUGUUCUUUAUAUUGUCUACUAGUAGAUCUUUUGCUUUGUAUACAACAUGUACAAAAUGUAUAGUCAUGAGAUGUAGACCCAUAUUUACUUUGAUCCUAUUUGCAAAGGCCACGUUGUCACAGU